AUUAUCUGUUCUGAAAAGGAAUGUGAAUAAAAAAAUAAAAUUAAUAAUACAAACAACAAUGUUAUAACGGUGUCCAAUAUUGUAAAAAAGAACACAUUAUGUUGAUAUCAAUAAAUCUCCGCUACUACACUCAUAUUUGAUGCACUGAGUUAUACGUUCGAUAAAGAACAAUUAAAAGUAAAUGCCCUCAACACUUGAGACGUCUAGUUCGUGGAAACUGCAGGGAAUUGGUUUUGUGCUAUAUAUAUAGGGCCGGACGACUCAACAGCAGUUGACCACUUCACCAUGCACAAACAAUUGAUGGGAGCUUGUAGGCGAAACAGAAAUAAAACAUAAAUGAACCAAUGCCACUUUGUUCCUGUUAACAGUGUGAUCUACAUAACCUUUCAACACAUCCUUAUUGAAGGGUUGCGUUCAUUCACAGUUUCAUCACACUACAAAUUGUAUUUUUCGAGUUGACUGUAAACUAUUAACCAUGCCGUCUACAGAUAUAUUUGAACUUUAUAGUCCACUGUCACAAACCAACAAAAAACAACUUUUAGCCUCUGCUAAUGUAUCUAAUGGGUUAAUUGACACGGAUACUAUUGAAAAAUACAAAACAGUAAUAUUGACAGUAGUUUCAAGAGCAGUUGAAGCAGCAAGUACUAUACUCGAUCAAACUGGUGUAAUUCAGGUUGAUACCAUUGGCCAAAACUAUUUACGUGUACUCUAUGACACAAACCAAACUAAUUUCUCAGUACUGAUCGAAAUUUUAAAAAAAAUGGGUUACCUUGUGUCUUUUGAACCAGAAAAUCAAACGAAGGUUACUAUUGAAAUAGAAGGCAUGAAAUGUAACUCAUGUGUACGAAAAAUCGAAGAAACUGUUAAAGAAAUAAAUGGCGUUAUUAGCAUUCAAGUGAACCUCGAACAAAAAUGUGCUCAUAUUUUGUAUGAUUCAAAUGCAAUUUCUGUUUAUGAACUUCAAUCAAUAAUAGCAGAGUUAGGUUUUACAGUACCAAUUCAUCAAACUACUACCGUGAUCAAAAUUGAUGGAAUGUCUUGCAUGAACUGUGUGCGAAACAUUGAAAGCAAAAUUGGUGUGUUGAAUGGAGUAGUAUCAAUAUCUGUUAGUUUAGAACAAAAACAAGCAACUAUUGUCCAUCGUCCAGGGGAUAUAAGUGCUUCAGAUUUAGCAUCAGCCAUAUCAUCACUCAAUAAAAAAUUUAAAACUUCAUUGAAUGAUCAGAAAGUCAAUACUUCCAGUAAUGUAUUUAGUAUGGUUAUACCAGAAAAUGAGUUAAGUAAAACAUACCUGAACAUCAAAGGUAUGACGUGUGCAUCGUGUGUGAUUGCAAUUGAAAAACAUUGUCUUAAAAUCAAAGGUGUAAAAAGUAUAUUAGUUGCAUUAAUGGCAGCAAAAGCUGAAGUACAAUAUGAUUCUACAUUGAUACAACCACAAGAUAUUGCUAAUUCAGUUACUGAUUUAGGUUUUCCUUGUAAUGUUUUAACUGACACAAAUUCACGAAUUACUGAAGUUGAAUUUAGAAUUGGUGGUAUGACAUGUUCAUCUUGUGUAAAUAAAAUUGAGUCAAAUUUGAUGAAAUUGAAAGGAGUACAAACAGCAGUAGUUGCACUUACAACUCAAAAAGGAGUUAUUACUUAUGAUUGUGAUUUAAUUAGUCCAAGAGAUAUUUCUGACAAUAUUUUGAGCCUAGGAUUUACAGCUGAUCUGAUAAACAAUAAAGAUAGAGGGAAUCGCAGUUAUUUAAAUCAUAGUGAAGAAAUAAAAAAAUGGCGCAAUUCCUUUUUUAUUUCACUUUUGUUUGGUGGUCCAUGUAUGAUUGCUAUGACCUAUUUCAUGAUGGGUAUGACUUUUAACUUCAUAGAUCAUUCUUCAAUGUGCUGUGUGAUUCCUGGGCUUUCUCUUGAAAAUUUGAUUAUGUUCUUGUUAUCUACUCCUGUUCAGUUCAUUGGAGGUUGGCAUUUCCAUGUUCAAGCUUGGAAAGCCAUUCGCCAUUUUACCACCAACAUGGAUGUCCUUGUAUCAGUUGCCACUACCAUAUCUUAUGUGUAUUCAGUCAUUGUUGUACUUAUUGCAAUAACUGAAACACCGGCUAAACAUACAAGCCCAAUGACUUUCUUUGACACACCUCCUAUGUUAUUUGUUUUUAUAUCACUUGGCCGAUGGAUGGAACAUAUAGCUAAAGGUAAAACUUCUGAAGCCCUUUCCAAAUUAUUAUCCUUAAAAGCUACUGAUGCUCUGUUAGUAACUAUUACUGAUGACUUUCAAAUAUUAACGGAAAAAGAAAUCAAUGUUGAUCUUGUUAAACGUGGAGAUAUACUUAAGGUAUUGCCAAAUACUAAAGUUCCAGUUGAUGGAAAAGUUAUUCAUGGGCGAUCAGCAUGUGAUGAAUCGUUGAUAACUGGAGAAUCAAUGCCAGUUAAUAAAAAACCAAGCAGCUUAAUAAUAGGAGGUUCAUUAAACCAGACAGCUCCUUUGCUAAUGGUUGCUACUCACACUGGAGAAGCUACCAUGUUAGCUCAAAUUGUACGUCUAGUUGAACAAGCACAGACUUCUAAAGCUCCAAUUCAACAGUUUGCUGAUCGAAUUGCUGGAUAUUUUGUUCCCGCUGUUGUAGCUAUAUCAACAAUCACACUUUUGUCAUGGCUUUUUAUAGGCAGCUAUUACACUGAAUAUUUGCCUAUUUCGGAUAAUGAAAAGUAUGGGCCAGAUGGAUGGGAAAAUGCUAUUCAAUACUCAUUUCGAUGUGCAUUAAGUGUAUUGGCUAUUGCCUGUCCAUGUGCGCUUGGUUUAGCCACUCCAACAGCUGUAAUGGUUGGUACGGGUAUUGGUGCUCUUAAUGGCAUAUUGAUUAAAGGUGCUGAUGCCUUAGAAAAUGCUCAUAAGGUGAAAUAUGUAGUGUUUGAUAAAACUGGAACAAUAACAUAUGGCAAACCUACAGUAACAAAGAUAUGUUUAUUCGUAGAUGAUAUGAUCUGUUCACUUGGUCUGUUAUUGUCCAUAGUUGCCAAUGCUGAAGUCAGUAGUGAACAUCCUUUAGCUUCUGCAUUAGUGAAGUUUGUCAAGGAAAUGUUCAAUUGUGAAAUUUCUGGAAAAUGUGAACGCUUUCAAUCUGUUGCUGGUUGUGGGAUUAAGUGCUUAAUUUCACACAUUGAUGACUUAUUAAAAAAUGGAGCACAGUCAGAUUUUAUUAUGAACUACCAAAAUCAUAUUAAAAGUGGAUCAAAUACUUCGAUGUUUGAUUUUAAAAAUAUAAUAGUUGAAACAGUUAUGAACAAAUCCACUCAAGUUCAAUCAAUGCAAUUACAUAAAUUGUUGGAUAUAAAUGAAGAGAAAAAAGCAAAUGAAACCAAAUAUGAAGUGUUAAUAGGGAAUCGUGAAUGGAUGUUUCGAAAUGGUGUUAAUUUAUCAAAAGAAGUCAAUUUAAAAAUGAUAAGUGAAGAAACACUGGGUCAUACAGCAAUAUUGUGCGCUGUUAAUGGAAUUUUAGUGGCAAUGAUCAGUGUUUCAGAUAUGAUAAAACCUGAAGCACAUUUAGCUAUUUAUACAUUGAUGAAACGUGGUUUUCAAGUGAUGUUGUUGACUGGAGACAAUAGGAAAACUGCUAGCGCAGUAGCCAAACAAGUUGGAAUACAUAAAGUGUUUGCUGAAGUAUUGCCUUCACAUAAAGUAGCCAAAAUUAGAGCUUUACAAGACAAGGGUGUUCGAGUAGCAAUGGUUGGCGAUGGUGUUAAUGACUCUCCGGCUCUAGCACAAGCUAAUGUCGGUAUUGCUAUUUCUUCAGGCACAGACGUAGCUGUUGAAGCAGCAGAUGUUGUAUUAAUGAGAAAUGAUCUUCUGGAUGUUGUUAGUUGUUUUGAUUUAUCCAGUAAAACUGUCCGGCGAAUAAGGCUUAACUUUUUAUUUGCUAGUAUGUAUAACUUGAUCGGUAUACCAAUAGCUGCAGGUGUAUUCAGUCCUUUUGGUAUCACUUUACAACCUUGGAUGGCAGCUGCUGCAAUGGCAUUAAGUUCAGUGUCUGUUGUUGGAUCUUCACUUUUACUAAAACUUUAUAUUAAACCAACGUCGGCCACUUUGACUACAUCAGAAUAUUUGUCAAGAUCUCAAACUGAACUGGACUCAAUUUCCUUACAUAGAGGGUUGGAUGAUAUAGAUCCAUCAGUGAUGAUAAGAGCUUCAACAUCAUCAACUAUAUCAAAACUUUUAAUGGGAAAAACAACUGUUUCUGAAGCUGAAAAUCAGUUGUUAAGUUCCUAUGAAGAUGUUGAAGACCACGAUAUGGGAAAUUAUGUUGAUAUAACGAAAAGUAUAAACGCUUGAGACUGUAACCAAUUAUGAUUGACAAUAUUUUUUUUACAUUAAAUGCUUACAAAUCUGACCAAAAAUAUUUUGUGAGUAAGUUAAGUCUUCCUUUUUCUCUUAUAUAGUUAUAGAAUUUUUUUAUUAAUGUUAUUACAUUUUUUUAAACUAUGUUGUUUCCUCAUACUAUAAAGUUAUUUUU